AUGUGGGCGGCGACGCUGGAGCCCACCGUCGUUCAGCUACAGCGCCGGGGUCAGCGCGUGCGAGAAGGGCCGGCAGUGGCAGCGGGCUUUGGCGCUGAUGAGCGAGAUGUGGGAGGCGAAGCUGGAACCCAACUCAGCUACAACGCUGCGAUCUGCACGUGUGAGAGAUGCGGCCAGUGGCGGCAUGCAUUUUCGCUGCUCAGAGUGAUGCGGGAACGCCAUGUGGAGACGAACGAUAUCAGUUACAAUUUGUGCAUCACGGCGUAUGAGAGGUCGUCUCGCAACUUGGCAGGCUUGUCCUGCUAUCGUUGUAUCGGCCUUUCCCGUUUACGAGUGUCUUGCGAGGCACUGUCCGUGUGGGAACCUGCUGGGGAACCAUUGUGA